GCCGCGAUUCCCUCGAAACGCGGUCUUUGCGGCCAAAAUCGGGGUUCAGUUGGUGUACAGCAUCGACUAUUCUCCCAGACUGUCGCACGCAACCAUCCAUUGCACAUAUAAGCCGCCACAAGCCCCCGCACAGCUAUCCAAGCACAAGCACUGCCGAAACAGUCAAAGAUGCUCCGGCUCCUCCUUUUCGUCAGCAUUUGGGCCACUGCCUACGGAGGUAAGCAAGACAGGUCGUUUGCCCAGAUCUCGAUAGAUGGCCCCGUGGACGCACAGCCCAACAAGGGCAGCGCCCUCGACCAGGAGAUCCAAGCGUUAGAUGAAUUAAUCAAAGCACAGCAGAAGAAGCUCGCCGCGCUCGGCGCGCUGCGGAAGGCAGGCACCGCGCCGCCCGACGACGACGAGGGCACGUGUGCCGCGCUUCGAGAGGCGUCGAGGGAGCUCGCAUGCGGCUCGAACGAAAAACGACGGCGGGAAGCGCCGAAGGACGUGGAUGAUGUGUUGGUCAUGCGCGGCGAAAUCACGGCGUCGUCGAUCUACGAGGUGCUUCCAUUUAGAACGCGCGCGCGGCCCUCCCCUCAACCCAUGCGCCGCAAGCGCGGCCAUCAACAAACGAGGGCCCCGCGCUACGACUACGUCAAUAUUUUGGUAGUUGUGGCACCGGAUGGAAAAGCGACGUUCCAUGAGAGCGGCGGCGCCGUCGUCGCUACGAUAGAUCUAGAACAAAAGAACGUGAAAACUCUAGCGUUCGACGGCGGGGACCAGCCUUUAUUAGCGACGGCGAACGACGACGGUGUGAGGUUGCACAACCUGACCUUGUGGCGGGGGGAGCGGGUGAUCGCCGGCAGAAGGCCGCGCUACGUUUAUGAUGACGAGGCGCCGCCGCCGCCGAUCCCGGAGCCGUCGACGCGCACGGCGUCGGGCCUGGGUCUGGUCAUUGGACGCGAGGUCGACCUGGUCCCUCUACCGAUGCAAGUAGCGACGAAGAAGGGUCUCGUCGAAAAGCCUUCACCACCCAAGUUAGUAACCGUCUUCCCCUGGCGCAGCGUCGGUGCACAUAUUGCGACGCUCGACGAAGGCGGUCGGUUCAUUUUGUGGACGCGCAACGGCACCCAGAGGGGGUCGUUAAAUCUGACGGCGUCUUCACUCACACGGGCGGGCAGCACCUUCGCCGCCGCCUCCGACAACGUCGUGCGCUUCGUCAGCGCGGGGCGCUGGCAGACGAUGGCUGUCGAGUGCCGCGGGCCCCCGGCACUCGUAUCGGAUGUGGUAUUUGACCCCUUGCGGCCCGAGCUCGUGCAUGUCGCUUAUGAAACUGGUGUGAUUUUAACCUUCCGCAAGCCGCCCGUCUACGAUUAUGACGACGUCGUGCAAGAAAGACAAUGUAGGUUGGCGGGCAAGCUGCCACAGACGCCCCAUAUAUCUUCGGUCAAGCUCGCGGCCGUGCGCGGGUUUCUCAUAUCAAGCUCGUCCACCCAUAUCGCGGUGCACAACACGUCCUCCUCGUCGCCCGAGCACUACUACCUCGUCGGGGCCAAGGCCGUCUCCCCAAAGAAGGCGCGCGACCUUAGAGCUACUGUCGUCUCCGGCAUGUAUGCGCCUGAAGUAGUAUUGGCCUUCCGCGAGGAUGCCCAGAUCAAGGUCUACGAGUCUUUGUUAAAACACGAGCCGCCGCUGCCGGCCGACGUGGCCUGGAUGCGCGUGCCGAUCCUGCUCAUCGGGUUGGUAGUGGUCUUCGGCGUCCAGGUGUUCCGGGGCGGCGGCGGCGGCGGGCGGCGGCGCGGCCGCGGCGGGCUGUCGCCGUCGGACAUGGACCGUCUCAAUCAAAUGGCCGGGCUCAUGGGCGACAACCGGGGGUUCGGAUCGCCGGCCGCGCGGGGGCGCGACUUCCCGCCGUACUAG